AUGCCUGUACCCUCUGCUCAUCUCAAUCCGGCGCCUAUUUCUCGCCAAUCUUCGCCUCGUAGGCUUAGGUUCGUGGCCUCGGAUCCAGACCGGGGUGGGUUGCCCGUGAAGCGCAAGCACGUGCAGCAGGCUUGCGCGAUCUGUCGUCACAAGAAGAGGAGAUGCACUCAUGGAGGCCAUUCUGGCGAAGCGCAUGCUCCUACCGAGCCCCAGGAAAAGGCCCCAUCUUACACCGGAAUACAUCAGCGGACAAGAAGACAUGAGCGGACAAAACGCAAGGAGAGCAGAAACGAUGGGAAUUUGAAUGAGUCUCCAUCGAUAUCGGUAUCAGCAUCUGCUGGCCAAGCAAGUACAGAAGACCUGGCCGCUCAACCGCGAGAAGCCGAUCUGCAACGGACUACUCGCUUUGUUUGCGACUCAAACCCAGAGGCUCUGUUUGUGGAAGCCACGAUGGAAGCUUCAGCAGAGUCUACACAGCGAAGGCGAGAUGUCGGUGUAUGGGUUCCCGAUGACGCGGGGAAUACGGGACAGCUUAAAAUGUCGCGGCCACCUCCCAUUGUUGACCACAUCCUCGUACCGUUUGUUAGAGAGCAUUGUCUUACAACCCUCCCCCCGGACGACGACUUUUGUCACUUCAAGGCCGUCUAUAUCAAGAAAAUCCACCCUCUAUUCCCCGUGAUUCCCGUCUCAGCCCUCGACAGCAGUCUGCACGAGCCAUCCGACCUGCUGGUUCGCCAACUUGUGUGUCUGGCUGCGGCGGCGGACCCCGACCUUGCGCCCUUUCUUCGGCUGAAAAACAAAGGACAAGACCUGCUGUCUGCUCGAGAAUACCUCGAGGCUCUGUCGUCGUCGAUUAGGGCAAUCAUGGAGACGAGUCUCGUGACGGACAGGGUGCUACACAUUCGGGCACUCGUGAUGCUAUCCCUCUACGCUCAGCCGACGUGCGCCGACGAUGCCGACCUUCCAGCGCAGCUAGGUGGCCGGGCUGUACAUCUCAUUUUCUCUCUUGGCAUGCAUCACUCGCUCCACGACACGCCCGAUGCCGAUGAUAUGGAAACAUUGUUCUGCUGUGUCUGGGCUGUAGAUCGCAUAAAUGCGGCCACGUACGGGUGUCCAUGCUUUAUGCACGAGCGAGACGUGGGCGCAGACUUGGGGAGCUGCAUGAGAAGACGGCCAUCCUGUUUUCGCUUAUUUCUAUCUGUGGUGCAGUGGAUCAGUCAGAUUCUCGACCUCUAUCGCCCAGAACAAGUGUCCAAACAAUCUUCGAGUCCGCAGAUUAUCAAGUGCGUUGAUAUGCCUGAUUUCGAAACCAUGGCUCUCGACGCCGAUGCUUUGGAAGUCCCAUUGAAUCUACUCGCAACUAUCGAGACAUUUUAUCAUGCCGUAGUCAUCUUGUCGUGCAAGACGCCCCGCUCCGCAACGACCGCAUUAUCGCCCUCCGCGGAUGCUAGGCAGUCUCUAGCCGCCGAGAGAAUAUCCUGUGCCGUGGCCAGAGAACAUCUAAGUCCCAUACACAUUGUGCCAUAUGCGGCCUCCCUGGCGCUCAGUGUCGAGUAUCGCAAGAUGAGACGCUGCCACCUGCCAUUAUCUCGAGCAAGAGCCAUGGUUUCCUUCAAGCGUAACUGCAAGAUGCUACAGUCGUAUAGGGACCGCUUCUGGAGCGCCAAUGUUGUCGCCACUAUGGCGGAGAGUGUACUAAGGGAAGUUGAAAGAGCGGUGAGUGCGUUGACGCAAGCGGGUAGUCCAGACCACGGGGACCGACAGCCUUGGCCCAGCAACCUCCAUCAAAACGGCGACAACGAGCUCCCUACAAAUGUGCUUACCGACGGCCCAGCUGCUCCUGUCUUUGGGACUGAGAUGGAUACGACAUUUGACUUUUCGCUUUUCGGUGCCGCGGGUGAGGAUAUAUUCGGCUAUAUUGAUCCCACAUUCGAUUUGAACGCCGUUGACAAUGCCCUUGCGGCGAAUCUGGAAAUUGGUGUACCCUUCAGCUGGGGCGAUUGGGAUUUGACCGAUACAUAA